AUGCUUGGCCUUGGGCUUGCGCUGCCCCUGUUGGCAGUCGCAAAUUCCGCAAUUGUGUCCGCCAAUGUAGUGCCUGGUGCAUUUAUUUUCGAAUUUUCGGACAACGAGGACAGAGCUCCGGCUCUCGAAUCUGUUCGUAAGAAUGGCAACGUUCGAAUGAAUUUCGACUUUCAUUUGUUCAAGGGUGUAUCUGUCCAGCUGCAUGAUCUUGAAAAAGCUCAUAAUGUGGUCGGCCAACUGGCGCGUAUGCCUUGCGUCAAGAGGUGGUGGCCCGUCACUUUGCACGAAGUUCCUGACGUUGAAGUCGACUGGAAUGGCAACCCCAGCAUGGGAAAUAAUCUUCAAGCCCGGGACGCUUCAAAUCGUGCCCCCGUUUCGAGCCAUGUCAUGACACAAAUUGACAAGUUGCAUGCCAAGGGCUUCAAUGGCACGGGGGUCAAUGUAGCCAUUAUUGACACUGGAGUCGACUACAAGCACCCUUCGUUAGGCGGCUGCUUCGGAAAGGGAUGCCUGGUUGCAAAUGGUUACGACUUCGUUGGUAACAACUUCACGGGUGCCAACACCCCAGUUCCAAGCAAUGAUCCGAUGGAUUGCACAGGUCACGGCACACAUGUUGCUGGUAUUGUGGCUGCCAAUGACAAGAAACUAGGCUUUGUGGGCGGCGCUCCGGGAGUCACCCUUCACGCUUACCGUGUAUUUGGCUGCAAUGGCUCUACCACAGCCGAUGCUCUCAUUGCAGCUUUGAACCGCGCAUAUCAAGACGGAGCACAUAUCAUCAGCGUGUCUAUAGGUGGGCCGAAUGGCUGGAAAGAAAAUUCCUGGGGCAUGGCUGCAAGUCGCAUCGUCGCUAAAGGCACUGUUGUUGUAAUGUCUGCUGGGAAUCAAGGCACAAAUGGCGUUUUCUAUGGCAGUUCUGGUGCUGUUGGCGAAGGUGUAAGCGCAGUCGCUUCGUACGCCAAUGUUGUCACCCCAGUAUUGAUGUACUAUGGCAAUUUCACCGUUGACAAUGGUCAACCCCAGCAAUUCAGCUACGCCCUCGGAACGCCUGACCGGUUUGAUUCGUCGCUGCCUCUCUGGAUCAGCACGUUCAACACUUCCGUGAAAGGAGACUUGUGCAGAUCGCUCCCCAAGUCUACGCCUGAUUUGUCUAAUUAUACCGUACUCAUUCGCUUUGGUGGUUGUGCACCAGACCGUCAGGCCAAUAACGCCGCCAAGGCGGGUGCCAAGUAUAUCUUGUUCUAUCAAGACAAUGACGACCACCCCUUCUUUAUCAACAUUCAGAGCAGGAUUUCUAAGAAUGUCAGUGGGUUAGGCUUUGUUCACAAGAAACUCGGAGAGGAGUGGAUAAAGAAUCUUGCGGCGCGCAAGAAUGUCACUGUCAAGUUGGGGUCAAAAGCAGACGAGAAAUUCGAGCUCAACAACUUUCCCAACAACAAGACCGGUGGAACGCUCAACAUCUUUACCAGCUGGGGUCCUACGUGGAAUAUAGAUGUGAAGCCACAGUUUGGCGCGCCUGGUGGCCAGAUUCUUUCCACAUGGCCAAGGCGGAAAGGGAGCUACGCCGUGGCCAGUGGCACUUCCAUGGCAGCGCCGCUCACCGCUGCCAUGUACGCGCUUCUCAUGCAGAUUCGCGGCCGAAACAGCCCUGCGAUGCUACAGAACUUGCUCUCCGCCAACGCAAACCCCCAGUUAUCCUAUGAUGGGGAUCGCUUCCUCGGUCAACUUGCUCCUGUGGUCCAGCAAGGCGGUGGUAUUAUUCAGGUCUACGACGCUGCCUUUGCCACCACUCUCCUUGAGCCGUCUAGUCUGUCAUUCAACGAGACGACAUACUUCGCCAAGAGCAAGAACUUUACUCUUACCAACCAGAAUAACCGGUCGAUCACCUACCAAAUCUCCUAUGUGCCCGCCCUAACCACAAUUACCCUCAAGAAAAAUGGCAAUGGUACUGUUAACCCCUACCCUGGUGAAUUCAGCAAGGACUCCGCGACCCUCAAGUUCAGCGACGACAGCAUCACCAUCGAAAAAGGCCACAGUGCCACCAUCGAAGUCAUCGCCACGCCCCCCAACCUCGAUGCCAACCGGCUUCCCCUAUGGUCGGGCUACAUUCGCAUCAAUGGAACAGACGGCUCGUCCCUAUCCCUCCCGUACCUAGGUCUUUUGGGCUCUCUGCGCAACCACACAGUCCUGGAUCCGAAGGGAUCGUACAUCGCCAACGCCGGGGACAAGGACUUUAAACCUGUCGCCCCCAAUACCGUCUUCACGGUUCCCCGUCCCGGCAGAUCUGGCAACUUGACAAUACCUGCAAUCGUGAUUACUCCUUUCCUAGGCAUUCGUGAGCUACAAUUCCACAUUGUUAACGCCUCAGGUAACGGGACAAGUGCCAGCUCCAUCGGACAACUGCAGGGUUCUCCGGCGAAUUAUAACUCGCGCGCAAAGGAUGGCCUCCGUUGGAAUGGCCAAUUCAGCGAUGGACACUUUGCGCCUGAGGGAAGCUACAAGGUUCUUGUGAAGGCUUUGCGGCUGUGGGGUGAUAAGGCGAACAAGACGGAUUGGGAUGAGGCUGUUACGCCGCCUUUUGUUCUCAAGUAUGCUUAA